AUGGUGGCUUCCCGUCUGCUCCACCGGCUUUUCCACCGCACCUCCAAUCCUGAUCCCGCACCGCAUCAGCGACAACAACAGCAGCAGCAGCAAGCGCCAGCGACACCACAACCGAUUCCAGCUCCAGCCCCAACGCCCUUCAACACCGUGCCCAAUUGGUCACGUGCUGUCAUAGAUUCGAUCGGAAUCGAUGCCUCGACGUGUCGCGAACAUGGGGAUCCUGGCUAUUCUCGUCAACUACCCGUUCUUCCUCGCGACUAUCGUUGUUUGGGAGACGACCCCAAUCGGGUAAACUCCACGAUUAAUAUCCAGGAGCAGAGCGCCUUUUUCACCCGCCUACCGCUUGAAGUUCGCCAAUUGGUCUACACAUAUUUGCUAGGAAACCGUCGCAUUCAUGUCGAUUAUGACUUUCAUCCUCGAAGGCGACGAUGGCGAUGGUGGUACCGCGUGUGUGACGACCCACAACACUGCCCGGAUAAAUCAGACCCGUUCGUGUGUCCGGAGUAUGCGGGGGCGGAGGAGGCCAUGCUGGAGCUAGGUUCCAGUGCCUGGGUGAAACCGGGGUUCGAAUACAAACUCCAUGCGCUGGGUUGGCUGAUGUGUUGUUGGAGAGCGUGA